GGUGAGAAAUUAAAAACAGAAUCGAUUUUGUAGCUCUUCCUCUCGUAAUUUUGCUCUUCUUCGUCUUCUUCAUUUCUUUCAGACAAGAAGCUUGUGCCUUUGUCCGAAUUUAGGGUUUCCAAUUUAUUUUACUUCUUCCAAUAAUCAAAUCAUCGAAACCCUAAUCUCUUGAUCAGGCUUUGUCGGUUUGCGCUCCCUUGUAUCAACUUAAGGUUCAUGUCUGAUCUUGAAGUUCAAGUCCCCACUGCCUUUGAUCCGUUUGCUGAUGCAAAUGCUGAGGACGCUGGGGCGGGAACAAAGGAAUACGUGCACAUCCGUGUUCAGCAGCGUAAUGGUAGAAAAAGCUUGACAACUGUUCAGGGACUCAAGAAAGAGUAUAGCUACAGCAAGAUACUUAAAGACCUUAAGAAAGAAUUCUGCUGCAAUGGCACUGUUGUCCAGGACUCUGAAUUAGGACAGGUUAUUCAGCUACAAGGCGAUCAGAGGAAGAACGUCUCUACCUUCCUUGUUCAGGCUGGGCUUGUGAAGAAGGAUAACAUAAAAAUCCAUGGUUUUUGAGGGAAUCCUAGAGAGAUACUCGUUGGUCAACUUGUAUUUUACGGAAUCAGGCAGUCCCAAAGGAAGUAUAAAACAUCACUUAAACUGUACUAUUAUUAUUAAUGUUUGUAUAAAUACUAUAUUGUAUCAGAAAAACAGUUUGCUUAUGAUAUGAGCGAAGAAUAUAAAAUGUAUCAACGUGAAACUUUUCGUUUGCAUAUCUAGUGUGAGAUUGUCAAUAAAUUUUGCAUUGUGAA